UGCUUCAGGUUACCUUGGUUCUUUAGCAUCUUCCUUUUCACUUCACUUGCUGUCCAAGGAAAACCUGUCAGGGAGUGGGGUGCAGCAUUAUUGUCCACUUUGCCUAAGGCCAAAAAGUACAUCGAAGAGGUUGGUCGUGAUGUAGAACAGAACAAAGAACACUGGUCAUACUUCACUGAUGCCUGGACAAAAUAUCUCUCACUUCGUGGAAUUCUCCAAGGUAAUGGUGACCCUGUUUUUCCAGAGCCCUUUCACAUUAAGGAACGGGAUGUCUUUUACAAAUCAGUCAGUUUUAGUGGGUGGGGCGGAUCCAGCGGCCACGAUGCACCUAUGAUUGCUUACGACGCUCUUCUUGGUGCCGGAGCAUCAUGGGAGGAGCUUUGUAGCCGAGCCAUGUUUCACAGUGGUGACAGUGACAGCACAGGAGUGAUCGCGGCGGCUUGGUGGGGAGCCUUGUACGGCAUGGAUAGUGUAGCCAAGGGCAACUACCAGAAUUUGGAGUACAGAAAAAGAAUUGAAAAUGUAGCUGCUAAGCUGUUUGCAAAAGCUGAAGAUCUUCAAUAG